AUGGCUUCUUACCAUAUGGAAGGAGAUGCCUUGGUAUGGUUUCAAAAUGUUGUAGGGGGAGGGUUAUGCCAUGAUUGGGAAGCGUUUUCCAGAGCAUUAAUGUUGCGUUUUGGACCCACGGCCUAUGACGAUCCAAUGGAGGCAUUGACUAGGCUGAAGCAAACCAGUACCGUAGCCUCUUACAUGAACCAAUUUGAGGUGUUGGCCAACCGCCUACGAGGUCUUUCUGAUGUUCACAAAUUGAGCUGCUUCCUUAGAGGCUUAAAAGAUGAAAUCCGCAUCCCAGUCCGUAUGUUAUACCCUGUGAAUUUAAAUGCAGCAUAUGGGUUAGCAAAGAUGCAAGAAGAAUGCCUUCCAAAAACCUAUGGGGGUGCUAAACCAAUUUCUUCCAAGCAAAUGAAUGAAAAGCGACUCAAAGGCUUAUGUUUUAAUUGCGAUGAGAAGUGGAAUCCUCUACACACUUGUAAAACUCCUCGUAUUUAUCUCUUGGAUGUGAAUGAGGAGCUGUGUGAGGAAGAAAAAGAGCUGCCAGUUGUAGAAAAAGAGGAAAAACUAGUGAUGGAAACACCAGCCAACAGUAAGGACGAGCUGGAAACUUCAUUGACUGCGAUAGCAGGCACCCCCACGGUCAGAGUGGCAAAUGGCCAAGGCCUUAGCAGUGAGGGAAUCUACAAGAUAGCUCAGUUAAAGGUGCAAGGUAACUUGUUAAACCCUCCCCUUCCUUUAUUAGACCUGGCUGAGUGUGACAUUGUGCUUGGUGUCCAAUGGCUUGAGAGUUUGGGCCCCAUAACUUGGGAUUUUUCAAAAUUCCUAAUGACCUCUAUGUUGGAAGGUAAAACAAUUGAGUUCAAGGGGUUGAAGUUAAACCCUUCAGUUGUUGAAGAUGGCCAAAAUUUGUUGAAGGGAACGUUGGCCAAAGGGAAGGGCAUUCUGUUGCAGAUUGUGGGUGAGGGGAAGGUAGAACAAAAUUCUGAAGUGCUGGAAGAACAGUUUUCUGAACUGUUAGAGGAAUUUAAAGAGGUAUUCAAUGAGCCACAAGGGUUACCUCCACCUAGGGCCCAUGACCAUCAAAUAGUCCUCAAGGAGGGCACUCAACCCUUAACAAAUAGGCCUUAUCGCUACCCUUAUUACCAGAAAACGGAAAUUGAAAAGAUUAUGGCAGAGUUUUUGACGUCGGGAGUGAUUAGGCCUAGUUCCAUCCCCUUUUCCUCCCCUGUGCUGCUGGUUCGUAAGGCCGACGGUAGUUGGCAGCUUUGUGUGGACUAUAGAGCACUUAACAAGGAAACGGUUAAGGCAAAGUUUCAUAUUCCGGUUAUUGAUGAGUUACUGGACGAACUCUUUGGCUCGGUGAUUUUUUCUAAGCUCGAUUUACAAUCGGGCUAUCAUCUAGUGAGGGUGGUGCCUAGUGACAUCCCUAAAACGGCUUUUCGUACCCAUGAAGGGCAUUAUGAGUUCUUAGUAAUGCAUUUCGGUCUCACCAACGCCCCGGCCACAUUCCAAUGUUGGUCUGAAGAGGCCAGCAAGGCUUUUGCAGCCUUGAAGCUGGUUGUGUCCCAUCCUCCGGUACUAAAACUACCUGAUUUCAGUAAGCCAUUUGUGAUUGAGUGCAAUGCCAGCGGCAAGGGCAUUGAGGCAGUGUUAAUGCAGUCUGGGCAGCCUAUUUACUUCCUCAGUCAGGCCCUUAAGGGUAAAGCUCUAUCAUUAUCAACAUACGGCAAGGAGUUUUUAGCUCUCGUGACCGUGAUGCAAAAGUUGAGGCUAUAUCUUUGGGGGCAACCUUUUAUCAUUAAAACUGACCAACAAGCACUUAAGUUCUUGCUGAAACAGCGGGUGGGAACCGAGACCCAACAGAAGUGGAUUAAGAAAUUGAUGGGGUAUAACUUUUUUAUUGAGUACAAAAAGGGUAAAGAAAAUGUAGUGACUGAUGCCUUAUCAAGAAAGGAGGAAGGCAUCGGGUUGUGUGCACAAAUCUCUUUCCCUACUGCUGAUUGGGUGGGGGAAUUAAGGCAAAGUUACCAGAAAAGUGAUGCGUAUUCUGUUUUGAUGGGAAAUUUGUUGAACCAUCAAGGGGACUACACUUCAGCAGGGAAUCAUUUUGAGGAAGGGAAGGAUCCUUAUAGUACCAGAUUCCCCUUUCAAAUUGAAGAUACUCCAAUUUAUUCAUACUGA